AUGUUUAUAAUUAAUGACAUCCUAGGAAGUGAAAAAAUUUUUUACUGUUCAUAUAGUGACAGUAUUCUUGCGUCCAACAGAGAUGAGGUAAAAAAGGUAGUAUCGAAAAUACCCGUAAAUAUAAGACCCAGUGCAAUUGAUCUCUAUACUGAGCUCCGUGUUAGAGAGACAAAUAUCCAAAUUAGUACCAUACUAAAAAGCUAUAAAAGUUAUCCAUAUGAGAUAUGUAAAUCGAGGUUAUACUACUUUGAAUCUACUGGUCGUGAAAUUAUAGAAAACGACGAAAUUAAAAAUCAACCACUCAUCUGUGAAUAUUCAAAUUUAUUCAAUUCCAUACACGGAAUAAAGUUGGAUGAUAGUUGCAUUUAUCAGCAGUACUCAAAAAAUAUAGGUGAACAACAUCACUUCCAUAAACUUUCUAAAAAGCACUUUUAUUACAGAAAAUAUGAAGGGUUUAAUCUUGAGAUUGAGAAUAUUUCAUUGUCAAGCGUAUUCUCAAUAUAUUUAGAAUACGGAGAUAAUAAAUGUGGUACUUAUGACAAGGAUAAAUCUAAAGGUUCUGAUAUAUACCAAUACACUGGAGUUAAAAUUCCAAGCGAAAUUAAUUUUGGUCCUGUAAGGUUCUACAAAUUUGGGCCAUUUAGCUCAAUUGGAAGUCCAAAGACUGUCAAGAUUUGUGCUUGUUCAAGUAAUGGGUCGGAAAACGAUACAUAUUCAUGUCUAAGAAAAGAGGAUUUCAGAGAUGAAAUUGGUGAUAUCAUAGUAACAGACUUCUGGAAACAUGACACAAAAACGCUUUUUGUUGGCGAAAGCAUAAAAGUAAAGGUAGAAAAUAAAAUCUCCAUAUUAAUAGAUACAGAAGUGAUAGGUAAAUGUUCAAAAAUAUUUGAAAAAUACUCCAUUAAUUGGGUUACAGGAAAUAUAAAACUUACACCAAACCUAUCCAAACAUAUUCAUCUCGGCAGAAAGAUAGAUGAUCACAACUAUUUUGAAGCUACGCCUGGGACUUUUAAUGUUUGUUUGAUUGAAAAUGAAACGGGAGUAGUUCACGACUAUUUUGAGAGCUACCGAAUAUCUGGAGUAAAAGAUAAUGUGGAAACCUUUCUUCACAUGGAUUCAUCUAAAAAGUUACAUGGACAGGCAAUAACUAUCGAGGCAUUUUUUAUUGAAGAGGCUAAAAUUGAUUCUGUCUCUCUUAUGGAAUCUGAAGAUCACUGUACAGGUGAAGUCAUGGGAACUUGGAGUGAUGGUCCCUAUCCUUAUCCUAUAAGCAACCUGAACAAAAGCUCUAAGAUGCUCAUAUAUACUGGUUUUAGUGCUAAUUUAUACAAGGAAAAUUCCGCUAAAACACAUAGAAUAUGCAUACGAUAUCGAGACGAUUCUAAAUUAUACCCUAUAGGGCAUGCAAAACUCAAAAAUUAUUAUGAGUAUAAUCUUCAACAUCCAAUCUAUUCAAACUUUUUACUUGGAUUUCCUCCGUACGAUGUAAUAAAUUAUGACAUUUCUGAUGAUUCCAGGAUCUUUAAAACAUGGAUUAAUCAGAAUUACUUCUUUUCUCAAAAUUUGGGAAACCAUGAAUAUGAGGAAAAAGAAAUUUUUUACGGCCAGAUUAAACCGUUUGUAGAUAAGUUUUUUGGUGGAAUGAUACAUUUUCAAACUUAUCCAUCCGAAAAUGCUUUAGUAAUUUGGACAACGGGAAAAGGAGAAAUGACCCUAUUUCCUAUAUGGAAAGUUGGAAUUGAAUCUCCUUUGUCUCUGCGCAUGACUGUUAUAUCUGGGACUAUCUAUUGGUAUGUACUAAUGAGAUCAACAAAUAUGGUUGUGAGGUAUGAUGUCAUGACUUUGAAGAAUAGGUAUACCAUCAGCGAUGUUAAAGUCUUUAACGACAUAAAGUUAUACAAUCCUACCGCCAUAGAGAUUUUGCAGUCGAAUAAAAUAACUAGAAUACUUGUUUUAGAUUCUGCCACAAAUUGUAUACACUUGUUUAGUGAACAUUUAAAGGUUAUAAAAAUGUUGUGUCGUUCCAACCAAAUCGAGUUUGGUCUGUCUCAUCCAACAAGUUUGUCUUGCGUACUAGAAGAAACAUCUUCUGGAAAAUUUCAUUGCUUUUCAUCUCAGAGUAGGUGUAAUAGUAUAUUAUGGUUUUCCGUUGAUAUAACUACGGAUGAAAUAGCACAGAAUGGUAAUUAUGAAUCAGGUACAUUGGUUGACGACUUGGAUCCUAUGCUAGGUGUUCCUACGUCUCUAGCCGCAUUCAAUUACAAGAGUUCAAAAAUACAUACUAUUGUUAUAAUUUUUACAAGAGAAAAUGACAGGAAUGGAUAUAUACUAUCGGCUAACACAAUCACAAAACAGAUGACUUUUAUGACAUCCACGCAAACUAUUCCAGGAGAUAAAAGAUUGAAAUUAGUAAGAAUAUUUUCAAAUAUGUCGGAGGAUAUGAACUUGAUGUUUUUGGGGGAGACUCUUACUGAAGGGGCUGUAAAACAAAGGUAUACCCUUGAUGAUAUUCUUAGAAAUUUUGGAAAUCCGAAAACAAUACAAUGGUAUUUGACAUGGAACAAAUUGAGCAAUCUCGUACACAUUCCCGAAUUCAAAUACGAUUUACCGGAAUGGAUAAAAAUUAACGAUGAAUAUGCCUUAGCACCAAAGGUAAAGAACUAUCAACGCUUUCCACAAAAUUUGGAAUAUAGCAUUUCUUCCGAGGAUGGAGACGUAAAAAAUGAUGACAAUUUUUUUAUUGAUCCGGUAUCUGGUAUUUUAAAAGUCACGGUGAAAAGGAUGAAAACGCAAAAAAUAAAAUUCAAAAUUACUGCAAGUAUUCUUGGAUUAGAAAGGGUUCUUCACUUGGAAACAAAUAUUACUUGUUUGGACGGUGAAUACUAUAACGGAAGUACUUGUGUUUCAUGUCCUCUUGCUUCAUACAACUCUAUAUCUAUGGUAAAAAAUGAUGGUAAAUACUGGUCAUUAUGCAAGUCCUGUCCAGAAAACGAAACUACUAAAAACGAAGGAUCAACAUCGGAGGGCGAUUGCACAUGCAAAGCUGGAUACAGUGUCAUCAAGAAUGAUGAUAUGACAUUAAGAUGCAAGCCAUGCCCCAGAGGAACAUACAAGAAUGUGAUUGGAUUUGACAAUUGCAUAGAUUCUUGCUACAAAAAUUCAGUUUCCGAAGUUAUAGGAAGUACCACAGAAGAGGAAAGGUUUUGCAAAUGUUUACCCGGUUAUUAUUGGGGCGGACAUUACGAAAAUACAACGGAUUGCCUAGAGUGUGAAAAAGGAUUUUACUGUGAAGGGGGCUUCAAAUCCAAAUUUUACAAAUGCCCACUGAAUACAACAACGAAAAAUAAACUGGCCACUUCUAUAGAUGACUGUAUUUGUAAGGCUGGAUAUGAACCAGUGGAUCCAGUAACCAUUAAUACAUCCCUUGAACACUCAUUGAGAUUUGUUUUAAUGGAGAAAUACAAAAUAAUGGGCAAAAAUCCCAUAAUAUGUGUACCAUGCCCAUUUAAUAAGUAUAAAGAGAGCAAUUCCUCAGAUAAAUGUUCUUAUUGUCCUCCUAACUCAUUCUCCAAGAUGACCGGAAACACUAAAAAGUCUGACUGUAACAGGUGCCAGCCAGGCUACUAUGAAACGAAUGAUGAGGAAAUCCCGUGCAAACCAUGUUUAAAAGGAAUGAUAUGUGUAGGUUCCAUACCAAAGAAAGAUAUUUAUAAACAACUUGCUGGAAAGAUGUCACCGUGUCAACCAAAUUCGUUAACAUUUCCACCGUAUACAAACAACCAAGAUCCAAACUACUGUCUUUGCGAUGUUGGUUAUGUUUCUGGUUCGAAUUCAGUUUUGAACAAGUGUGUGCAGGUGCCAAAGAACUAUUACAAGGACAAGGUUGGUAACAUUCCUGCGAGUGCUUGUCCAAACGGGUCACUGACUCUAGCCCCCGGAGCAGUAUCCAAAAACGCUUGCGUCUGUGACAAGGGCUACUACUUUGACAACACAUCUCAGCACUGCACAAUGUGUCCAAAUGGGAAAUACUGUCUGGGUGGCAAGGAUGAGAACAUGGUCGAUAGACAACCCAUGGACUGCCAGGACACCAAUGCCCAAACCAAAUACCCUGGAGCCUCUUCUGCAUCAGAAUGCGCAUGCAAGCCUGGUUACUAUGCGAACACAGACGCACAAAAUGCGUGUACCGAGUGUCCCGAAAACCACUACAAGUCAUACAUCUCCAAUGACGCCUGCGUACGCUGUGACGAAAACUCAUCCACAAAUGGCAAAACAGGCGCCACCUCAAAGGAACAGUGUGUCUGCGACCCAGGUUACUACUUUGAUAAGAGUUGUGUGGCAUGCGACUUCAGGGACAAGUUCUGUCCGGGAGGACUCGUCCUCAAGAGGGAUUCAGAUGUAUCCACCUUCGAAACACGUCCCCCGGAAAAGUGCCCAGAAAACACAGAGAUUCCUCCAGGUGUGGACAAUGCCAGCUCCAUAGACUACUGCCAGUGCAGCAAGGGCUACGCAUUCGCGUCCAAAGAUCUGGACAACAACAUCAAAACGUGCACACCAUGUCCUCCAGGCACCUACAAGAGUUCAGUGAUGGACUCCAACUGUAAUGGAUUAUGCACCCAAAAUGCAACCAGUUUGCAAGGAGCUAAAAGUCCCAUGCAGUGCUUCUGUCAAAUGGGAUAUUUCUACCUGGCUGGAGGAAUCUGCACAAAGUGUCUUGAAGGCUCCAGAUGUGAUGGAGGAUUGACAAAUACCAGAGGUAUAACCGAAGAAGACGUUGAUGUGGACAUUGAUGACCAUACCAAACCAGUCGCUAUAGAGGGCUAUUACCUGGACAAAAUCAACCAGAAGCUGAGGAAGCCAGACGACUGGAAGUUUAUCAAGUGCCCUAUCAAAGGCGCCUGUCUGGGUGGUGGCAAAUGCUCAAAGUCCAUGGAACACUAUCUCUGUAGUGAGUGCAAAAAGGGUUAUACCAACAACUUCACCAAGGGUGCCAUUUGUCAGAAAUGUCCAAACAUGGCAAUCAAUCUCUCAGUCAUCAUGGUCUGGUACUUUAUACUCCUGCUCAUCAACAUUGUCAUGGCCUGUCUCAACGUCAGUGCUGGCUUCAACCGCCGCUCCAUACACUCUGUAGUUAUCAAGAUUGCACUCAACUACUGCAUUUGCACAUCAGUCCUCAACGUUGUCAAUUUUGAUGAUCUCAACCUACCCAAAAGCGUCAAAUCAUUCACAACCUCAUGGAUCAAAAUGUUCGACUCUGACGACAUUGUCUACUACACCUCAAUCGACUGCAUUCUCAGAAGCUGGUUCAACCUCAACCACGCAGACUCCUUCUUCUACGCAAUGCUAUACAUGUUCUUUCUACCUGUCAUUCUGCUCUUUGUAGUCACGGUACUCAUGUGGACAAUCCUAGAGCUAUUCAAAAUAAAAAGAUACAAAGUAACCACGGCGAAGCUGGCCCUCCUGCAACAGUCUAAGGCAAGGGGAUUAGAACCACUAGCAGAGAGACUCCGUGACGAAUACGCAAACGAAAGAUUAUUCCUCAUCUUCAGAUACAUCCCACUGCCAGGAGAAACAAAGUGGACAAAGUCAGUGCACUUUAUAGAGGACAUGAUUCCCAUUUAUGUGACUGUCCUCUUCUCAGUCCAUGGAAAAAUCACAAGCAAAAUGCUGGGACUCCUCGACUGCGUGUACAUUGACCUAGGAAGAUCAAUCCCAGGAAAGUAUAUGCUGCGACCAGCCAUGAGUGUGAGAUGCUCACUCAACCCCUCGCACGGCUACAUACCGUACCUUGCCCUAGGCAUGACUGGUCUCAUCAUUUGGGGGUUCGGAAUCCCGUUCCUCUCAUUCAUGGUGCUCUACGUCAACAGGAAAAACCUCUAUGCUCCAGACAUACGCAUGAAGUACGGCUUCCUCCACAACGGUUUCAGACAGGACUACUGGUACUGGGAGACUGUCGUCUUCACCAGAAAGAGUCUCGUCCUAGUCAUUGGCAGCAUCGUCAUCGUCCCGUCACAAAACCUCAGCGGAUCUAGAAUAUGGAUGGCCCUGGUCGUCGCCGUCAUAUUCCUCAUCAUCCAACUCUUCUACAAGCCAUUCGACGAAAGGGACUAUUUCGUCCUGGGAAAACUAGAAAGUCACAGCAUGAUUGCGUGGACCCUAACACUCAUAUUCGCAUCACUCAUCAUCGAGGUCAAUUUCACAGACUGGGACAACAUGUGGCUACUAGGUCUCACCAUCGUCUUCAACUCACUCUUCAUUGCAGAAGUCUUCUACGAACUAUUUAUCGCGUACUUUUCUAGCUUUAGACUUUUCAGAAAAUGUCUAAACCUCUUCCCUUUUCGCAAAGAACCCAUGGUUUCCUAUUACCAAAAUCAACGCAUAAUUUCGCUCUCUCUACAGAAUAAAGACACUUCUUGGAAAAUUUCACCCAGCAGCAUAGCCAAUAGACACGAGCGUUACUUUAUAACAACACUUGGCGAAUUGUACCGUAUAGCCUUGUCUCACUUGAGGCUGGAUGUUCUUCCAUCUACCUUUAUUGAGUUUCUAGUUAGGUUUUCCAUAUCAUUUUCCAGUUUUGAGGAAAAAAUGAUAAAGGAGAGAGUGUUCAAGAGUUUUUCCGAGGGUAAGAUAUCGAAUUUGAUUGUGCUUGCAAGGGAACAAGAAUCAGCCAACUUUAAAAAAAUCGUAAACCUAGACAAAGUUGAGGCAUAUUAUAGGUUAAACAAGACAGAAAGCAUAUUUGACAAGGACUAUCUUGGUGUGAUUGGACUAAAGAAGGAAAACAUCAACAGCAUACUAGAUUCCAUGUUUAACGAGAACAUUUUGACCAAUAAGAGAGCCCUUUCUGAUAUUUACCUUUCACUGGCCAAGAUUUGCAACAUGGACAAGAAUAUAUUCCUUUACAUUUUUAGUUUAUUCAAAUGUGUAAAGGAAUACAUGGAGAUGGAAGCAUAUACAAAGACACUAGAGCGUCUAGAAAACAUUAGGAGUGACCUAAAGGUGAAACGAGACGAAGAUGAAAUGAAACAAGAGCUAAAUGAUAUGCAAUCUCAAGUCGACGAGUUGAAGAAACGCAUAACAAUAUACAAGGAUAAAUUAGAGAUGCUAGAAUAUGGACCAGACACAGUAGCCAGAAAAGAUGCACUAGACCCAGACUUUUGCCAAAUGAUGCAAGAUUUUGGCUUUGGUCUUAGAGACAAAUAA